AUGUCAAGUUAUAAAAGAAAAUCAGAUAGAAAAUUGGUAUUUACUGAAGAAAUUUUAAAAGAUGCAAAGGAAAGAAUACGCCGUGGGCAAAGUCAAAGAUCAGUUGCAGAGUCUUUGAAUGUCCCAGAAUCGACUCUUAGAAAAAGACUAAAAGCAGGCACUGUUCCUUGCUCUUUAGGUAGAUUUUCAAAUGUAUUUACUCCUGAAUUAGACAGUAACUUGGCAGAGCACUGCCGACGCUUGGAUUCAUGUUUUUAUGGUCUGACGAAGAAGGAGCUAGGAAGAGUCGCUUAUGAUUUAGCAAAUAAAAACGGUCUUAAUCAUAGAUUUAAUAAUGAUAAAAAGGAAGCUAGCAAGAAAUGGGUCGAAAACUUUGCCAGGCGGCAUAACUUCAGUCUCCGUCAACCUGAAAAAACAAACAAAUUUUCAACAUGGAUGAAACUGGCCUCCAGACAGUGCCAAACAAGUUACCUAAAGUUUAUGCUAAAAAAAGGCAAGAAAAUUGUAGGGAAAGUUGUGUCCGCAGAACGUGGACAAACAGUAACGGCUGUUUGCUGUAUGGGUGCUACUGGAAUAUUCGUACCACCUGCAUUAAUUUUUCCUAGAAAGCGGCAAAAACCCGAAUUGAUGGAUGGGGCUCCAGAGGACUCCCUACAGCUUGUAUCCGAUUCUGGUUAUAUGAACUCAGAUCUAUUUAUAAUCUGGCUCAAUCAUUUCAUUAAGAUGGUCAAGCCAUCUAAAGAUGAACCUGCUCUUUUGAUUUUAGAUAAUCAUUCAUCUCAUUUAAGUUUACAGGCUAUUGAAUUAGCUAGGGAUCAUGGAGUUGUUCUUUUGAGCUUAGCACCACACACAAGCCAUCGCAUGCAGAGUUUGGAUACAGGAUUUUUUGGACCAUUAAAAAAAGCUUAUGCAGUUGCAUGUGACAAUUGGCAAGUUUCAAAUCCAGGUCGUACUAUAACUCAAUAUCAAGUUGCUCGACUAUUUGGCACUGCAUACCUUAAGGUUGGUUCAAUUGAUAGAGCUAAGAAAUCAUUCGAAUCUUGUGGCAUCUGGCCUUUUAACGAUCAGAUUUUUUCCGAUGAAGAUUUUGCUCCUGCAAAUGUCACUGACCGUCCCAAUCCAACUGCAGAAACUUCAAGCACAGGCGAAGCCCUUAAUAGUUCAAAUCUAGCUGUUGAAUUGCCACUUACAACUACAGAAACUGUUACCCAAGUUGUCUCGUCACCUAUACCCGUCAAUAUUAAUAUUUCAGCUCCAGAUAUAGCAUUAUCUCAACUCAGAGGAACCGAAACCCUGGAAUCAACUGAUAAUCACCAGGAAGUAAUAACAACACCAGAAAAUGACGAGCCUACACCAUCCAAAUCAUCUUUUCUUAGACCAGAAGACAUCUUACCAUUACCAAAGUCAAACAUUCAGAAAAAAAGAAACAUAAAACGUAAGAAAUCAGAAAUCCUUACCAGUUCUCCUUAUAAAAAUCAAAUAGAAGCAGAACAAAAAGAAAAAGAAGAAAAGGCCAAGAAGACAAAGAAGACAUCAAAUAAAAAUAAAUCUACGACACCAAAUAGACCGACACUGCUGGAAACAAGUACGGGUACAGAAGUUGUUCGAUGCCCCCUUUGUGCCGAAGUCUACGUAGAACCUCCCGAUGAAGACUGGGUCCAAUGUAGUCAGUGUGGGGUUUGGUGGCACGAUGAGUGCUCUGACUAUCUAGGAUUCGGAGUUUUUAAGUGUGACGUUUGCGUUGGUUAA